CACCUCACUCGCCUCGCCUCCUCCGGCCACUAUUAAACCACGGCCUGCUGCUGACUCCAGUAGACACACACCUCACUCUCCUCACUCUGUCGCUCAGCGGCCGAAGCACCGAUCAGUAGCUAGCCAGUGCUGCAUUGCCACUGCAUUAGCUUAAUUACUUCCGGUCAGCCGCAACGCCGGCUUCGUAGCGGUUGCCGGUCAGGGCAGCAAUGGGGCUGUCGUCUGUGCUUCUGCUGGCGCUGCUGCUCUUGCCGGCGGUGGCGUCGGCUGGGCAUCACGACUACGGCGACGCCCUCCACAAGAGCAUACUCUUCUUCGAGGGGCAGCGCUCCGGCAGGCUUCCUCCCGACCAGCGCCUCCGCUGGCGCCGCGACUCCGGCCUCCACGACGGCGCCGCCGCUGGCGUGGACCUGACGGGAGGGUACUACGACGCCGGCGACAACGUGAAGUUCGGGUUCCCGAUGGCGUUCACGGCGACGCUCAUGUCGUGGGGGCUGAUCGACUUCGGCCGCAGCUUCGGGCCGCACAAGGAGGAGGCGAGGAAGGCGGUGCGGUGGGCGACGGACUACUUCAUGAAGGCCACGGCCAAGCGCAACACGGUGUACGUGCAGGUGGGCGACGCCUCCAAGGACCACUCCUGCUGGGAGCGGCCCGAGGACAUGGACACCCCGCGCACCGUCUACAAGGUCGACCCCUCCCACCCGGGCUCCGACGUCGCCGCCGAGACCGCCGCCGCCCUCGCCGCCGGCUCCAUCGUCUUCCGCGACGCCGACCCCGUCUAUUCCCAGCGCCUCCUCGACCGCGCCAUGGCCGUGUUCAAGUUCGCGGACAGGUACCGGGGCGCCUACAGCAGCAGCCUCCACGCGGCGGUGUGCCCCUGCUACUGCGACUUCGACGGGUACCAGGACGAGCUGCUGUGGGCGGCGGCGUGGCUGCACAAGGCGUCCCGGAGGCGGGAGUACCGGCAGUACAUCAAGAGGAACGAGGUGGUGCUCGGCGCCAGCGACUCCAUCAACGAGUUCGGCUGGGACAACAAGCACGCCGGCAUCAACGUCCUCAUCUCCAAGGAGGUUCUAAUGGGGAAGGACGAGUACUUCCAGUCCUUCCGCGCCAACGCCAACAACUUCAUGUGCACCCUCCUCCCCGGCAUCUCCGACCACCCCCAGAUCCAGUACUCCCCAGGCGGGCUGCUGUUCAAGGUCGGGGGCAGCAACAUGCAGCACGUGACGUCGCUCUCCUUCCUCAUCCUGGCCUACUCCAACUACCUGAGCCACGCGGGCGCGCACGUCUCCUGCGGCGGCGGCGGCGGCAGGUCCGCGCCGCCGACGAAGCUCCGGCAGGUGGCCAAGCGGCAGGUGGACUACAUCCUCGGGGACAACCCGCUGCGCAUGUCCUACAUGGUCGGCUACGGCCCGCGGUUCCCGCGCCGGAUCCACCACCGCGGCAGCUCCAUCCCGUCGGUGGCGGCGCACCCGGCGAGGAUCGGGUGCAAGGCCGGCGCCGCCUACUACGCCAGCGCGGCGCCCAACCCGAACCUGCUGGUGGGCGCCGUCGUCGGCGGGCCCAGCGACGCCACCGACGCCUUCCCCGACGCGCGCGCCGUGUUCCAGCAGUCCGAGCCCACCACGUACAUCAACGCGCCGCUCAUGGGCCUCCUCGCCUACUUCUCCGCCCACCCCAACCCCGCCGAGUGGGCCGACGACUAAAACCCGGCAGCAGGAGGAUGAUAUAUAUAUGAAAAAAAAAGAUGCCUCUGACUGACUUCGGCGUGCUGCAGGAGUAGUGCACUAGUACUAAGAUGCAUCAUUCAUUUGUUUGUUUGGUUUAACUGUAACAAAUUACUAUUAUUAUCGACAGCCAUUUCCUCUCCUGCGAAAAAGAAAAGAUCAGGGGGUGUAUAGGCUGUAUCUGCAAUGUUAUACUUGUAAGACUUA